AUGCACCACACAGAGCAUAAUUCGCAGCCCGCAAAGGGUGUGCAGCAGAAGCUGCAGAGCAGCAACUCUGCAGCAAAAAAGCUCGGAAAAAAUGACGUUAGAACUGCCUCCACUUCGACCCAGCAAGUUCGAGUGUUGAACUGGAUGAAGUUUAUUGCUGUAUUUCUGGGUGCGUUCACGAGUGUUGCUUGGUAUAAAUUGGGUGGUUUUGAAGGAAUUUUUGGUUCUGGUAAAAAGACUUCGCAUUUCCUGCAAAAAUUGCAGCAGGUUGAGGAUCAGGGUAUUUGGUCUUCAUUGUCUUCAAUACUUUGGCCCUCCUCUUCAAAUUCUCUCGACAUAAACGGAACAAACUUGGUGCCGUUAACAUUCGAGGACCCUAUCCGGUACCGCAACAAGGGAAAUCAACAACUUACCGUGAGCGGCAGAAACGGUAUCGUGGCUGCAGAGGCUGAGGAGUGUUCUCAGGUUGGUGUGGAUAUUCUUCGCGAGGGAGGAAAUGCUGUUGAUGCAGCUAUUGCUGCAGGCAUUUGCAUCGGUGCCGUGAACUCGUUCAGUAGCGGUAUUGGCGGUGGUGGAUUCAUGUUGGUUCGUCUUCCCAAUGGCACAUCUACGACAUUCAAUUUCCGUGAAAAGGCUCCGGCUGCUGCCCAUAAGGACAUGUUCAAGAACGAUCCUCUUGCAGCUCAAAUCGGCGGUUUAUCCGUGGCUGUUCCAGGCGAAUUGGCUGGUUACGAGAGUGCAUGGCGCAUGUAUGGCUCCUUGCCUUGGCGGAAACUGUUUGAACCAACGAUUAAGCUUAUGCGUGACGGAAUGCCAAUGCCUGUCGAGUUGGCUAGUCGUAUUCGUUGGCCACAGUUUGAAUACUUCAAGACCGAUCCAGUUUGGGGCAAAGUGUUCGCACCCAAGGGACGUUUUCUGCGUGCCGGUGAACGCUUUACACGUCCUGAGCUGGCUUAUACAUUGGAAGAGGUUGCUACACACGGUAUCGACACUUUUUACCGCGGCGAUAUAGCUCGUCAACUGGUAAACUUUGUACAGAAAAACGGCGGUAUUUUGACUAUGGAAGACAUGGCCAAUUACACUGUACGUAUCGAGGAGCCAUUGCGUGCAUCGUUUGAUGGCCGUGAGGUGCUUACCUGUGGACGUCCGUGCAGCGGCGAAGCUCUUGUUCUGGGCUUAAACGUUCUCGACCGCAUGGAUCUUUCAGUGGGCGAAGGCAUUUUACAUGCUGACGACCCAAUGACUGACGUGGGUGUUCAUCGUCUUAUCGAGACAAUGAAAUGGAUUUCUGCCGGUCGCACUAUUUUGGGUGAUCCUCUGGACAUUGACAAUUCCGCUCUUGUCAACCAUAUUCUCUCGAGCGAGUAUGCCGACAGUGUGCGUGCUAACAUUUCCGAUGAACGCACGUACGACUACACGCACUACAACGCCAUAUACGAUGUCCCAGAUCAGCACGGAACAACACAUCUGUCUGUCAUCGACAAAGACGGUAUGGCUGUUGCUCUUACGGCAACCAUCAAUCUCAUGUUUGGAUCGCAGCUUAUGGAACCGAAGACGGGAAUUGUGUUGAACGAUCACAUGGACGACUUUUCUCUUCCUGGUGUCGUUAACUUUUUCGGUCUUAGUCCAUCGCCCUUUAACUUCAUUGCACCCGGUAAACGCCCUCAAAGUUCCGCCGCUCCUACUAUUGUCGUCAACAAUGGCGAUGUUGAAAUGGUUUUAGGUGCUAGCGGAGGAAGCCGCAUUUCCACAGCUGUUUUGGACACACUUGUGAAGAAGUAUCGUUGGAACCGUUCUCUGCGUGACUCUGUUGAGUCUCCUCGUUACCAUCACCAAUUAUUGCCCAGUAUUGUAUAUAUCGACGAAACGGUGGAGCCUGAAGUGGUGAAAGUUCUUGAGAAGUUUGGACAUGUUGUCGACUAUGUGCCUGUACAAUUUCCCUUCAGUGAAAUACAAGCUGUUUACAGGGAAGAAGGGAUGUUGUAUGGUAUCAGUGAUAGUCGAAAACAAGCCGUAGCUGCUGCUUUUUAA